AUGACUAUGCCGCCCUCUUUGAUCAGUCUAGUAAUUUCAGGAAAUCCAUUCACCUGUAACUGUCAGCUGUCUUGGUUUAUGAAUUGGCUUCGUACCACCAAUGUGUCUUUGGAACAUGAGGAAGAAAUUCUCUGUUCUAGUAAUUCAUUCAGUGGGCUUCAUAACAAGCCAGUUUGGUCAUUUCAUCCAGAAGAAUACUGCGACAUCAACACCAUCCUAGUUUCUGGCGUCAGUAUUGUCCUUGUAGUAGUCGCCUUUCUUUGUCUCGUGGUGUAUUACAAGCGCUGGUGGUUCAACCACAAGAUGUUUCUUCUAAAACUAGCCGCCAUUGGCUAUGAUGAAAUCACAGACGAUGCUGAUCCAGAUGACUAUGAAUUGCAGCUUAACAUCAUGUUCCAUGAUAAUCAUACCCAGUGGGUUAAUGAAAUCUUGAGACCUCCACUUGAAGAAAGGAUGCCUCAUCUGCAGAAAGUAGCCUUUGGAGAUGAAGCCCUUCAUCCAGGGAUGUACUAUCUCAACGCCUUAUAUCAUAAUCUUGAUAACAGCUUCAAGACAGCAUUGUUGAUAAGUAACGAGUCAGUGGAUGAUGCUUGGUUCAUGACCAAGCUACGGAUGGCCGUUGAGCAUGUGAACGACACCAAGUUAGACAAGAUCAUCUUGAUAUUCAUGGAGGACAUCCAGGAAGCAAGUUUACCAUAUAUUGUAAGACUCUUGCUAAGUAGGAACAAACCUUAUUUGUUAGUCACAGAAGAUGAAGAUGGUCAAGAGUUGUUUUGGGCUCAGUUUAAAAAAGAAAUGAGGGCAAACAAGGUUAUCAACAGUGUUAUUCCAAUAUAA